GUUCAGCCCAGGAAAUAGUAGGAGUGCAGCCACAGAGCCACCUCUGAAGGCUCUCACUUGUUCCUCCAGCUUGCCAUCUGGUCUCUGCGAGGCUGUAGCUUUUGAGGUGCAGGAACAAUACUGCCUGAGAGCACAAAUGGAACUAGAAAUACAUCAGAGCUCCGCAAACGGCAAAGUGGCCCAUCCUCAGGAGCCCCACCACCCCUCUGAAAAGCCAGUCAUCCACUGCCACAAAUGUGGGGAGCCUUGUAAAGGUGAAGUGCUCCGUGUUCAAGCCAGACACUUCCACAUCAAAUGCUUCACCUGCAAAGUGUGUGGCUGUGACCUGGCACAAGGAGGCUUUUUCAUUAAGAAUGGAGAAUAUCUCUGCACCUUGGACUACCAGCGCAUGUACGGCACCCGCUGCAAUGGCUGUGGGGAGUUCGUGGAAGGCGAAGUAGUGACAGCUCUGGGAAAAACUUACCAUCCCAGCUGCUUUGCCUGUACUCUCUGCAAGCGUCCAUUUCCACCAGGAGAUCGCGUUACCUUUAAUGGAAGGGACUGUCUGUGUCAGAUGUGUGCUCAGCCGAUGUCCUCCAGCCCAAGAGAACUGUCUGCCUCAAGCAAUUGUGCUGGCUGUGGAAGAGACAUCAAAAAUGGACAGGCACUGCUAGCCCUGGAUAAGCAGUGGCACCUGGGGUGCUUUAAGUGCAAGGCCUGUGGGAAGGUCCUAACUGGGGAAUACAUCAGCAAAGAUGGUGCUCCUUACUGUGAGAAGGACUACCAAGUUCUUUUUGGAGUCAAGUGUGAAGCAUGUCACCAGUUCAUUACUGGGAAAGUCCUAGAGGCAGGUGACAAGCAUUAUCAUCCCAGCUGUGCACGAUGCAGCAGAUGCAACCAAAUGUUCACAGAAGGAGAAGAAAUGUAUCUGCAAGGUUCCACUGUCUGGCAUCCCGACUGUAAGCAAUCCACUAAGACUGAAGAGAAGCUCCGGCAUUCCUCAUCUGAGUUCUUUUAUCCAAAGAGUCUGGUUCUGCGCAGGCCACGCUCUGCAGAGCCUACAAGAACAUCAUCAGAGAGCAUUUAUUCCAGACCAGGUUCCAGUAUACCUGGCUCUCCAGGCCACACUAUCUAUGCAAAAGUAGACAAUGAAAUCCUUGAUUACAAGGAUUUAGCAGCCAUUCCCAAAGUCAAGGCCAUUUAUGACAUUGAACGUCCAGACCUAAUUACUUAUGAGCCAUUCUACACCUCCGCCUACGAGGACAGACAGGAGAGACAGAGUCUUGGAGAGUCUCCAAGGACAUUAUCACCUACCCCUUCUGCAGAAGGCUACCAGGACGUUCGGGACCGCAUGAUUCACAGGUCUACCAGCCAGGGUUCCAUCAACUCUCCCGUCUACAGUCGGCACAGCUACACCCCCACCAUGUCACGUUCCCCCCAGCAUUUCCACAGACCUGGCAAUGAGCCGUCCAGCGGUCGGAACUCCCCUGUCCCCUAUCGGCCUGACAGUCGCCCUCUCACUCCAACUUACGCUCAGGCCCCUAAACAUUUCCAUGUUCCAGAUCAAGGUGUCAACAUUUACAGGAAACCGCCCAUCUACAAACAACACGCUGCCUUGGCAGCACAGAGCAAGUCCUCCGAGGAUAUCAUCAAGUCCUCCAAGUUCCCAGCAGCUCAUGCACCAGCACCCAACGAGAUACCAAAGAUUGAGACUGACCACUGGCCAGGCCCUCCCUCCCUGGCUGCCAUAGGAGCUGACAUGAGACGCAGAUCAAGUGGAAGGGAGGAAGAUGAUGAGGAGCUGCAGAGACGCCGGCAGCUGCAGGAGGAGCAGCUCAUGAAGCUCAACUCUGGUCUGGGACAGUUAAUAUUGAAGGAAGAGAUGGAAAAGGAGAGUCGCGGUAGGUCAGCCCUUUCUGCCAGUCGUUACGAUUCUCCAGCACAUGCUUCAGCCUCCAAAACUUCUUCUCUCCCUGGGUAUGGAAAAAAUGGACUUCAUAGGCCGGUCUCUACGGACUUUGGUCAGUACAACAGUUAUGGGGAUGUGAGUGGUGCUGUUAGAGAUUUCCAGGUAGAGUACGGGUUUUCAUCAGUCAACUGACAGCAGAACUUAAAGCAGCUACUUGUUCAACUCUGAAUUUCUGCCACAGGAAAGGGUUUCUUAAGACAAUAGCUUUGAUUUUCCUGCAUGUUUAAGCAUAAUCACCAAUGUAGAUCCUUAUCAACAAAAGACAGGCACAGCCUCGGAUUCCUCCUUGUUACCUCCCCAGAGCUGAGUUGAGACAGCUCACACCCGUUCUGUGACUUGCUCUGUAAAAUCCACUGUCUGUUCCUGUAUGAGUUAUCUGUAAUGGUCUUCUCUGGACAUGGAAGGGUGGAUUUAUUUCCAGCCUCUCUAGCACUGACCCCAGAGACACUUAGAAAGUCUCUUCCAGAGGAAAUUUUCUCUCAUACUAGGAGCUUUGAACUCCUCAUUUUCACCCUGGAAUUUGCUCUCCAGACAAGAUGGCUGAUCAGUAAUUUUUCUACAGUGCUGCCAUUGCAGAUGAGCCAGAAAGAAGUGUGCUUGCAAAUAGAAACCUUUAUACUUCAAUUACUGCCUUUAGGGUUUUUUUCAGAAUGGUUUGAGUCUGCCUGGCUCCUCAGCACAAUCACAAUAUGAAAUGGCAAUUUAAGAAAUUGUUUAAUUAGUUGGAUAAUUUUGUUAAUGGCAUACCAAAAUCAUGAUGAUUGGAAAGAGAAUAAGGUUAUGGAAGGGGAGCAGAGCUGUUCAUGUAUUCUCCAAAUGUUACUUCCUUAGAUUUAAUACCUGUGUCAAAACAGCACCUUUUUACCCUACCCCUGUUUGUGUUCAUAGUAAAAAUUUCCCAUUGUAGAGACAAAAAAAAAAAAAAAAAAAGAAAUCCCUCAGUUGUUACAGUAAAUUACAAGAAGGAAAGCCCAGAGGUGUAAGAGUGCUUUCUGUGCUGUUGGGUGGGAUCUGAAUUAACGCUAGGGAGGAACUAGGGAAGAACUUCACCUAGUCACUGGGGUGGGAGAGGGCCCACCACUCUUGGGGUGCCCAGGUCCCCCUGGAAAGCUGGAAAGUCAGCUCAGUGAGGGGCUGUCCCCAGCCUGAGCAGGGACAGGAGCUAUGGUGGCUGAGAGGACUGAAGAAUCCCUCUGCCUGCCUCAGAGGAGGAGUGAACAUUAGCCAUGGCAAUGAUUGAAAUAAUAAGACAAAUAAUUAAGACUUGAAGGAAGCCUCAGGGAAAAAACUGACCUUUGUCUUCACCACUACUUGAGUGCCUUUACCCUCUGUGUGUGUAACCUUUGUGUCUGAUGUGUACCUGUAUCCGAUGCAGUCCCUCCCGGAUGGUCAUGUCCCUGGAAUGAGAAUGGACAGAGGAGUAUCUAUGCCUAACAUGUUGGAGCCAAAGGCAAGUGCAGAUGUUAUUCACUUUCCUUCAAGACAUUGAAGGUUUUACUGUGAAAUGCAGAUAAAAUAUGGGAAAUGUCUUAGUUCCCUUGUUUUCCUUUACGUCACCUUAGUCCCUGCUCCUUACGUGCCAAACCUGUCCCUUUGUUCUGGACUUUGUUCUGCAGGUGUUAGUGCUCAGGCAGGCUGAGGGCAGCCCAGGUGUGAUUCCAGGGUUAAAGAAGCUUUUCUAGGGACAAAGUGAUGGCUAUGGAAGAUGCUCCAUAGCUGGCUCUCUGUCAGCUUUCACCAGUCAAAGCACCAGGCCAACCUCAAUGGGAAGGUCUCAGACCUGUCCAGUUCAAAAAAUGCUGCUGGAAUAUUGUGGCUCACAACACACCGGUGAGGCUGUCUUAAUUCCAAAGAUUUUGGAAAAUCUUUGAUUGGAAGUAAGAUGCCUACAUGUCUGUCUGGAUCUGUUCCUUUGCUCUCAGCACUGGUUACCUGAGACCUGUCCAUAGAGUUGAAUUCCCAGUACGAGAAACUCUUCAGGAGAUUUAUUGGAAAAAGAGGCAAUGUCUGCUAAUUUUAAUUUAAGACACAAAUUAAAAUACUUUUACAGCUAUAUCUUGAGAUGCCUGAGUCAAAAAUGAAUAUAAUAUAUAAAGGAAAUUCAACCAGGGCUGUGUUUUAAAUCUUAAAAUUUAUUGCUGGUGAACCUUCCAUGAAAUCAUGAUUUUGCCAAAGUUACAGGGAUCAGAAUUUCUGCAGUUAAGUGAGGAGCUCACUUUGCAAACCAGAUUGCUUCUUGUGCUUCCGAGUCACCUCCAGGCAAACUGUACAAGGCAAUAACCCUGGCUUUAUAAGCUGAGACCCCAGUGCACUGUGCAGUUACAAGUGGUUUAUAUAUCAUAUAAAUAAAAACAUGGGGACUCCUGAGAUAUUACUUUGUAUUCCAAAUAAUUUCUCUUUCAGUGCAAUAGAACUUCUUACAGUCACCACUGCUGUUGAUGUACCCAAUGAUUUGUGAUGCUAUUUUGGGUGACAAAUUCUGUCAGUAUUAUUAAUGACAAAAUUUAACUAUUAUUUAUUAAUGGCUAUUUUAAUUAUAAAAUUUAUGGGAAGUUUAUUGAGAUAAUAGAUCACUUUCUGUUUCUAUUUAUAAAGGUGAUGCCAAACUCUCAGGAUGUGUGAAUUAGCAGUUUUUCAUGUCAAUUUUCCAACAUUAACUUACACCUGCUAAAAUAAAAUAAGCCAAUUCAGAGUCAGCAUGAAGCAUAUGAAAAAUAAAAAUUAAUAAUCCUAAGAAUGAUCAGAUAUUAACAAAUGGUUCUCCAGAAAGGACAGAAUUUGUGCAUCUUACCAGCCCACAUUGAGACAUGCCUUGUUGUUAAUAUUUAAAUAUAAAAAUGUACUUAUGACCGUAGAUCUUGACUUAAACUCUGCCUGUUUAAAUAUGAAAAGUUACAUUUUAGUUUCCUAUAAUGCUGUUUAUGGUAGCCAUUUCCAGUAUCAAACAUAAAAAAUGUAAUUCCAAGUAUAGACCUAAUUGUACAAUUGUGACAAUGUCAGAAUCUCAUAAGAAUCAUAUCUUACAAUUGGUAUGUAAGCACACAUUAUUUAAAUUAUUACUUAAAAUAAAAUCAAUGGU